UGUAAAUUUGUUUGUACCAUAUCAUAUUACUUACGGUAGUCUAGCGAAGAGUGUAUAACAUGCAAGCGCUAAAGAAAUCGCUAAGAAACUUGUUUAGGAUAACUUCCUUCCUUUACCAAGGCAGUAUUAGGAUUAUUAUACCAUAAAAAUUCGUUCUUUUUCUUUCCUUUUAUUAAAAUUGGAUUCAUUUACAACAUGACUCAGCCCUUACAUGCAAGGUUUGCAGCACGGGCUGUCAAGAAUCCCAUGAUUAUGGAAAAAGAGCAUCAACUUACUGAUUCCAAGCAUCAUGUUCUGGUAGCGGCUACUGGUUCGGUGGCAGCUAUUAAAUUGGUGUUAAUCGUCAAAUCGCUCUUAACAUAUGACGGCGUUGAUGUGCAAGUCGUCCUGACUGAUCCAGCUCGUAAUUUUGUAGAAACCGAGGCUCUCACGUCUCUUGGAGUCAAGGUGUACACUAAUGCCGAUGACUGGAGUUGUUGGAACGGUCUGGAUAGUCCUAUAACACAUAUUGAAUUGCGCCGCUGGGCUCACUUGUUAUUGAUUGCUCCCUUAAGCGCCAAUACCAUGGCUAAAGUCGCUAAUGGGAUUUGUGAUAAUCUUUUAACAUCUUUAGUGAGGGCUUGGACAUUGCAUAAACCGAUCCUGCUUGCGCCUGCUAUGAACACAAUGAUGUGGACCAACCCCAUCACCCAAGAGCAUAUGGAAACAAUCGGCCGUAUUUACAAAAACACGGAAAUUAUUUUGCCUAUUGAAAAAGUUCUUGCUUGCGGAGAUAUUGGAAUGGGAGGUAUGGCUGAAUGGCGGAACAUAGUAUGCAAAGUUGCGGAACAUUUGCACCUUGAGCAUAAGAAGGUGGUACCAAAUGCUGUGAAAAACAUUGAAACCCAAGAUGAGGAAGAGUCUAGUGGUACGGAAAAUGAAGAAUCUAAUGAGGACGACUUUGAUGAUCAAGACUCCAAAGAACAAGACAGUGAAAAAGAUGAAGGAAAUAAUGAACCAGCUCCUUCCUACGUCGACAUCACUCCUAAAGCAUCCCCUUUGCCUUCUAGUAACUCUUCAUCAAUCUUAGAACCUCCUACUUCUCAACCUUCGCCAACUAAGAAAGCAUCCGCAAAGUUUGUCGCUCCAAGCCUCAAUUCGGAGCAGCUUGCUCAUUAUCAAUCGCCUCCCCAAUCAGGUUUAUCUUCUAUACGACCUCUUUCCAAGCCAAGUCAUGAAGAAAACCAAUAUCUUGAUUUGAUUCGUUAUAUUAUGCAGUACGGGAGGUCUCGCCCUGACCGUACCGGUACUGGUACUCGUUCUGUAUUUGCCCCUCCUCAGUUACGCUUUUCUUUGCGUAAUCAAACACUUCCUUUGUUAACAACUAAACGAGUCUUUUUGCGAGGUGUCUUAGAAGAACUUUUAUGGUUCAUCCGUGGUGAUACUGAUGCAAACCACUUAACUGAAAAGGGUAUUCAUAUUUGGGACGGAAACGGAAGUAGAGAAUUUCUUGACCAGCUUGGUAUGCACCACCGUAGGGCAGGUGACUUGGGUCCGGUUUAUGGUUUUCAAUGGAGACACUUUGGUGCUGAAUAUGUUGGAUGCGAUGCCGAUUACACAGGAAAGGGUAUAGAUCAGCUCGAAAAGGUUAUUCAUACGUUGAAAACAAAUCCCUAUGAUCGUCGUAUAAUUAUGUCCGCUUGGAACCCGCUCGCAAUUCCCGAAAUGGCUUUACCCCCCUGCCACAUUUUUUGCCAAUUUUAUGUGAACGAACCAAGUAAACCAGGAGGAAAGCCAGAGUUAUCUUGCAUGAUGUAUCAACGCUCCGCUGAUAUGGGUCUUGGUGUGCCCUUCAAUAUUGCAUCUUAUUCAGUUUUAACCCAUAUGGUUGCAUAUAUGUGCGGAUAUGAAGCUACUGAAUUUAUUCAUGUUAUGGGUGAUUGUCAUAUUUACAAUGAUCAUUUCGAGGCCCUCCAAACGCAAUUAGUUCGCACUCCAAAACCUUUCCCUACAUUGUCAUUUAGACGUGAUGCAAGUGAAAUUGGAAAAAUUGAUAAGUUCAGUAUAGAAGACUUUAUCAUUGAAGGAUACGAACCUUGGGGCCCUAUUAAGAUGAAGAUGAGUGUAUAAUACCUAUGUUUUAUUUUAUUUUACUUUUUUUUUAGUUUUUAAUUUGGGGUCUCAUGUUCCCGUUUUAAAUGAUGAGGAAGUCACAUGCUUAAUGCAAUAUUAAGUUGAGACAUCUUGUAGAGAGUAGAGUUAAUUAGAUAUAUUAAUCAACUGGUAAUGCUUGCUUGAAUGUUGGUAUUUUCCAAUACGUUCUUUUUUAGCUUCUUGCGUUGGCGAUCUUCAAAUACCUGCUUUCUUGACAAAAUUCGCUGUUUAAUUGCUUCCGAUCCUCGUUUGUCCAGUAUAUGAAAGCUUUCAGUUGGCUUCUCUGCUAGAGUGACUUGAAAAGUAUCUUCAUCCUUUACAAAAAAGUUUGGAUACGAAACAUUUUCAAUAAGGUCUCCAAACUUCGUUUUCAAGAAUUUAACCAUAUCCCAAUUUUUUACAGAGGGAGGAUCGAUAAUAACAGCCGAAACAUACUUACACUGUAGAAGAUUAAGCGUCCUCUCUAAAAGGUUUAACACUGGUUUUUCAGUGCAUUUGUCAUCUGCAAAAAUUCCGACGACUAUCGGUAAAGUCGGGAAUGUUUCUGCACAAGCCUUCAAUGCUUUCAUAUGGUUUCCAGUGAAUAAACUCCAAUCGCCGUCAAGAUAUAUCGGGGACUUGACCAACCGUAUCUUAUUCGUGAAAACGCCUGAAAUGAUUUCUUCAGGGCCACUAGGUGUAUGCAUAUAAAUACUGACGUCCGGAUCUUUUCCGUUUGAAGCAGAAGCAAACUUCCUUAAAAAUGGUUCAUAAGUCAUAAGAUCUGAUGGAGAUAUAGUGUAGGUUGAUAUUGGUGCCGCGGUUAAUAGUCGGUCUAGUAGUUCUGUAGUACUGAUUCCAUCUGUACGCUUGACUUCAAGGUAUUGAUUAGCAGCCUUCGCAUGACGAUAACAAUCGUUUCCUUCAGCGUCAGUGGAUAUAUCAUCGCCGUGUACCACGAAUUGGCAAUUGUACUUCCUCAUCCAAGCAAGGUCGAAUACAUAUGGCGCAUAAGGAACAACCUCAUUCACCCAUCUACAAGUAAUCGCUGCGAGACAUCUUUCGCUUAAGUCUUGUACAGGAGGGCCUUUAUUAAGUGUGAUUUCUUCAUCAGAAUGAACACCUACAACUAGCUGAUCACCUAACUGCUUAGCUUGUAGAAUUGCAUUGGUGUGUCCUAUUAUUUAUAAAUUAGUCACUAUAACUUUGUCAAAGCUCAUGUAUAAUAACUGUAGUAUUACCAUAAUGAAAGAAAUCUAGGCAACCGUCAAACCAUAAUCUUCUAUUAUAAGACAUUCCUGUCGUUUUAAGUAUAAAUUAUACAAAGACUCGUUGGCUUUAGUUUUUGGACAAUUUUGGAGAG